CCGACACACACCGAGAAUUGCGAUACACACCGAUUGCAAUCUCGCUUUUAUUAUCGAUCUCGCGAGGGAUUGAAUUUAUUCGCGCGGGGAGAGACGCGCGAAGUUUUCUCGCGAAAAUUCCAUAAUUUGCAAGUUAAUUAAGCGAAGUUUGUUUGUUGUGAAUGGCUCCUUAGUGUGUGAACGCGUGAAUCAUAGUUGUAUUUUAAGAGACACAUGGUGUGCGGUGCGAGAGUUGCGGGAUAAGAAUGUCAACGUGGAGAAGCGUGUGAAAUAUUGUAUACGCAGUGCCAUUCCAAAGAACCAUUGCUCACAGCUGUGCUAAACUAUAAAUGCUAUGAUUAAUUAAAAAAAAAUAGUGUAUAAGCUCCCGCGUUUCAAGCUCCGUGGUAUUUAUAUAUUUCACACAAACAAUAACGUAACGAUUAUAUAAAAAUCGCGUCUCUAUUACCCCGUUAAAGAACUUUUCUUGAGUAGAGUUGUACGAGAGAGAGAUAAUUUGGAGAGAAAACAAAAAAAAAUAUCGACUAUAUAUAUACAUAAACAUAUGAAAAAAAAAAAUAUUUAUAUAUGACAUUUGUCAAUAUAUAUGUUUCAAUGCAACCAAGCGAAUUGUGAUUAAAACUCGUGAGAAAUGUUACCAAAGGGAGGUCACGUCAAUUUUGUACGCAAAGCUCUAGAUCUAAAAUAAUGACCAAUAGUGUGAAAAAGGACGGAACCAAACUGUUUGCACAUUUUCUCGUGGCUAUGUCCUGAGUGACGCUGGCAAACAAAAUCCAAGAGACAGAAGUUCGAUUUAACAUUUGUUUACAAAACGAUAUAUAUAUACAUUGAUUAACAUUGAACAUGGCGAGAAAAAGUGACAACGCGAAGAGCAUAAACGUGGCGGUGGUCGGGCUGUCUGGCACGGAAAAGGACAAGGGACAGGUCGGCGUUGGCAAGUCGUGUCUGUGCAAUCGCUUCAUGCGUUCCAUGAGCGACGACUACAACGUUGAACACAUCUCGGUGUUGUCGCAGUCUGACUUCAGCGGACGCGUGGUGAACAACGAUCACUUUUUGUAUUGGGGCGAGGUGAUGAAAACGGCGGAGGACGGGACGGAGUUUCAAUUUCAAGUAAUAGAGCACACGGAGUUCAUCGACGACGCGUCGUUUCAGCCGUUCAAAGGCGGCAAGAUGGAACCGUACGCGAAGAGAUGCGCGGCCACGAAGAUAACGAGCGCGGAAAAGCUCAUGUACAUUUGCAAGAAUCAGUUGGGAAUAGAGAAGGAAUACGAGCAGAAGGUUCUGCCCGACGGUAAACUUAAUAUCGACGGAUUUCUAUGCGUGUUCGAUGUGAGUCUUGUGCCAAACAGGGCGAUAGAGAAGCAAGUUGAGAUUGUGGCGAAUAUCUUGAACAAUUUGAUGAAGGCGAAGAAACCGAUCGUGCUGGUGACGACGAAGAACGACGACGCGAACGAACAGUUCGUCAAGGAGGCGGAGAAACUGGUGAUGCGCAAGGAGUACAAGGGUUCGAUUUUGAUAAUCGAAACCUCGGCGCACGAGAACAUCAACGUCGAUAUGGCUUUUCUAAUUCUGGCGCAAUUGAUCGACAAGACGAAAAUGCGCAGCAAAGUAAUACCGUUCGCGGAAGCGGCUAGGACGAGGAAGGAGUUGUUGGACGCGUCGACGGAAUCGUUGCAGAGAUUGAUUCGAAUACACGUGACCGAUUAUCGCGCUUUGUGGUCGCAAGCCUCGAAGAAGCUCUCGCAGCUCAAGGAGUUCAACACUUUUGUGGAGCUGUUUGGCAUUGAGGCGACACAGAGAUUGUUUAGGAGACACAUCAAGAAACUGAAGGACGAACAAAUAGCAAAAAAGAUUCAGGGCUACUUGGAUAUGCUGCCAGAUAUACUUCACGAGAUUUGCCCCGAUAUAUCGAAUUUAAUUAACGAAGAAUGGUCGACGGUACAACAUUACAUAAAGGAGCAUCCGGACUUUGACCAAUAUUUUUACGAGUGUCCCGAGGAUAUUCCGUGGAUUGAUUGUGACUUUGGCGAGAACAACGGCACGAAAAUUCCUUACGACGUGCUGGAGACUCCUGAGGCGGAGACUGUAUUUAAGAAUCACAUAAACGCUUUAGAACAAGAACAACGACGAUUAGAACUUCCGAAAAGGUGGAAGAAGCAAUUUAAGCAAUUAUUAGAGGAAACGGGUUACGUUACACCUGGAAAGCAUCUGUCUGAGGUUAGAGUUUUAUUCAUGGGCAGGGAGUGCUUCGAGGAACUUUCUCAUCACGAUUGCCAAGAAAUUUAUGAUCAACAUCAGAAGGAAAUUAUUGAAAAAGCAAAACACAAUUUUCAAGAAUUGCUGUUGGAACACGCCGAUCUAUUUUAUCACUUUAAGAGCAUAGCUCCAUCUGGGACAAUUACACAAGACGACAUAAAAGAAAUCACAGACGCGUUACUAGAUGAUUUCAGAUACAAAGCGUUAGACAGGUUGGAUCAAGACAGAAAGCUGAUGCUUUUCCAGCAUUUGGGAUUCGUGCAUUGUCCCAUAAGAGAGCACUGUCCCGCUUAUCCAAAUUGCAUGGAUGCGCUUAUAGAAAGGAUACUCGGAACGAAAGCCCACAGACCUUCCUCGUGGAAUCACAGUAGUCAGUGGCAGUUAACGUCGGAUAACAAUCAAUUGAAUUUAGUCAUACUCGGAUGUAACGGACUGAGCGAGGAAUUCGCUCGUGAAAUAAGAGCACAAACCGAGGACGACGAGGUGGAAAUAGAUUGUCAGCUUUACACCCUCGGAUAUCGCAUCAUAGACGGCGACGUCGGGUUGCCGCACAAUUCCUUCACUACCUCGGAUUUUAUGCCACAUGGCUCAUUUUGUAUCUACUCGAAUGAAGAUUCAUUUGAAUACAUUCGAUCGUCUUUGGAGAAAACCUUGUUAUCGAAUCUCGAGCAAGAAGACAGAUUGCCAUUUCAAGGAUUGCCUAUUGUAAUAAUGUUUGUGCCAGAAGCAGGUAUCGACGAGAUCGAAGCCAUUAAGCUCAGGGAAGAGGGACAAAAUCUCGCUGACAGUUUGCAGUGUCCGUUUAUUGACGUCUCUAUAGACGAUCUGGAACAAGAGAAGCACAAGAGAUUCCCGACUUCGUUGGUGAAGGACGCUCUACAACAACUUAUACAAUCUAUAAAUCAUAGAGCUGGCUUUUUAAAUAUUUAUCAAAGCGUCAUCGAAUGUUUGGAGCCUGAUAUUAGAAUAAUAAUGUGUAUGUUCUGUGGCGAUCCCUAUUCGGUUGAGAACGUUCUCGGUCCUUUACUUAAUCACCAGUGCUGCUUUCUGAGCGGAGAUAGGUCUAUAGUUUUAGAAACAUUUUUGGGAGAGUGUAAACGUCGAGUCGAGGUCAUUAUUUCGAGUUUCCACGGAGCGAAUGCGUUUAGGGACGAAUUAGUGCACGGCUUUAUACUCGUCUACUCCACGAAGAGAAAAGCAUCUCUUGCUACUCUGAAUGCCUUUUCUACGAACAUACCAAAUCUACCGAUACAAAUAAUGGCUGUGACCGAUACCGGAGGCGCGAACGCUUUCUUCAGUAACGAUUUGAGUCAUCUGCUUAUCACAGAGGGAAAUGCCAUCGCGGACAAAUUGGAAGCGCAUUUUAUGACGUCCGCGUCUAGUUGUCAGCAAAAAACUGCAUUUUAUACGCCCUUUUUCAAAGUGGUGUGGGAGAAAAAACCGGAGAUCGAACAGGCGUUUAACAUGGAGGAACCGGGAAAUUUGAAUGACAGUGGCGAAGGCACCUUGGAGUAUUCGGCCUUGCACCCGAUGCCACCGCCCCGACAUGAGAGCUAUCAUCUUCAAACGCCGGACGAUGGUAUGUCUGUAACUUUUAGAAGCGGCUCCGAGUCGUACGAGCAAUUGACACCCGACGGUGAUCUGGGCGACACUGGCAUGACCGAGCAAUUCGCCGAUCACAGAGCUACGCCGAGCGACGACAGCGACAUUUACAGUCAGGUCGAUUUUUAUCGAGAAGAGAGAGAAAGAGAUCUCAUGAAAAACGAAGACAUCACGACUAAGUUAUCUGGUUGGGUAAAGGACACGUUCAUGCAUCAGGACGGAGUUACCAACAAUUAUUCGCACAGAGCGUUCACGACGGGUCGACGAUACAUUUCCCAGCCUAAACCGCGACCGAAGGGAAGCAGUCAGACCUUGAAACAGCCCGGAAAGAUCAAUUUGAAAGAAUUUUCCAAUGUGACAGACGCGAUAGCCCGAAUGACGAUUGGCGAGAAGGAUGAGCACGGUCCGAAACUCAUGGGUCACGCUCCUCUGGCCACACCGGAACUGGUGGACCUCGGUUCCGAAUACGCGCAAGUCAAGGACGUUGUUCCGAGCAUGUACUCGUACGACGGUGACUACAUGUACGCCUUGGUGCAGGAUUCCAUCAGCAACAACAAGUCCAAAUUGCGUCACCGACGCGAAAAAGGACAGCCGUCGUACAGCGAUUCCGACUCGGAAUGGAGUUCCUUGGAAAGACAAAGAGCGACUGACGUGUUGAGCAAAGGGAAUAAGAAACCUUCGUCACACAAACGAAUACGCAAGAAACGCACCGCGAUACCGGUCGCCACGCCCAAAGUGCCGUCAUUGGCCAGCAUGGGAAGUGGGGACGGUAUAGUCGGUUUGAACUAUAACAUAAAGGACGAUAAGAACUGGCGUGUUGAUCUAGCGGACAGAGUGUCUAGCGAAACACCCGAUUCUUCCGAAUCGAGCGAUCCGGAACACACUUCGAAAUCGAGAUCGAAACAAUACAAAUACGCUGCCGUUAGUUUGCGAAAAAGAUUUUCUGGAAACUCUCUGCAACAGCAAUACUUGCAACAUCCGUUUAGCGUGAAACACAUGACACAGGAGAUGUUUAGCGGUUCCUCCAAGCAAAGGGGUGAAAAUACAUUUGGCAUUCCAGAUGAUGAAUCAAGCUUAGAUGUUUCAUCACCACGUGAAAUCAAUUCUCCUAGUUUCGGUAUAUUGAACAAAAAAGACGGCGAUAAAUUAACGAGGAAGAAAGACAAGCAAAAAGCGAAGGAGGACGAGAAAUUGGAAAAGAGAAGACAAAAGGAGGAAAAACUCAAGAAACACGCCGAGAAGGAAAAGGAGAAGGAGAAGAAGAAACAGGAAAAGAUAAAGCAAACUAAGGGCCCGGGAGGAACGCCAGGCUCAAGUCAGUCGCAACCUUUGAUUGAGGAUUUCGCGCAGAGCGAAACGAAUCGGAUACCUUUAUUCCUCGAGAAGUGCGUGCGGUUUAUCGAAGAAGAGGGGCUGGACUCAGAAGGGAUUUACAGAGUGCCGGGUAAUCGCGCGCAUGUCGACCUGCUUUUUCAAAAAUUCGAAGAAGACGGUAAUGUUGACAUACGUUCUCUGGACAUUCCUGUAAAUGCUGUCGCUACAGCCUUGAAAGAUUUCUUUUCCAAGAGGCUACCGCCGCUUAUCGACAAAGAACGUAUGAGCGAACUUGAAGAUAUAUCAGGUGCACGAGGUAUUAGCAAACCUAUGUCAGCUACUUGCAUGAAUAUGGAAGACCGAAGCGGUAGAUUGUUAGCUCUGCGCUUAAUGCUCAACAAAUUAAAUCCCGUGAAUUUCGAUGUUCUUAAGUUUAUCUUUCAACACUUCGUGAAGGUUGCGGAGAAUUGCAAACUCAACAGCAUGGACAGCAAAAAUCUAGCUAUCUGUUGGUGGCCUACGUUAUUACCGAUUGAAUUUAACGAUCUUGGUCGAUUCGAGGCUAUGAGGCCGUAUCUGGAAGACGUGGUUCAGACAAUGAUCGAUCAAUAUCCUUUCCUGUUCUGCGGUGAGGACGCCGUUGUGAUGGUGUAGUGACGGAACACGCUGUCGUGCGAAGUGCGUGGCGGUCUCAGCGGCUGUGCGACGAGGGAGGAGGGAGCACAGCUUUUGCGGAACAAAAGCGGUAGGAGUGGCGCGUUGUCGACAUCUCGCAAUAUCAUGUCAGGCUAUAAUUCGGUAUGGAAUUUUUUUUUAUGUACAUCCGGUUGGACGCGAACAAUUGGUCUCACUAUAUAUAUAUAUAUAGUUUACAUUAAUAAUAAAACUUCGCUUUAGCGCACUUUCUCGUAAUUACGACUUAACGUAGAUUAUUCUGCGCAAGAUGAAACGACCUUAACAAACCGAACAAAGCGUUUAUUUAAGUCCUCGUCUCAUUCAGGUUGAUUAUUUUUUUGAAAAACGCGUGUGAGACAUAAGAGCAAGACGUUUCUCUGCUGAAUGAUCGCUCGAUCGACGGUCCUAAGAUGUGUUUGUUUCGCACGUGCGGAUCAGAUAAUAAUGCAAGAGUUAGUAAGCAUUAAUGUGUCAUAACAGUAUGCAUGUUGAAUGUAUCCAGAGCGAUGUAUUUAUUGAUAUUGUGUUUAGGGAUACGUAUAAGAGAUUCGCGCGUUCGCGCGCGAUGAUUCGAUAAUAGCGAUUAGCUUUAUCUAGGAUAAGAAAGUAAGUAUCGAUGUUACUUUGUUUUUCGCUUCUUUUUCGCCCUCCCUCCCGGAUUUUCUUUCCGUUCUCUCUUUCUGUGUCUUAUUAUCCGCAUCCACACAAAGGACGAAGGUGCUGAAAAAUAAUUUUUUUAUUUACGUACGGUCUCGUUAAAGAGAUCCAUAUUAGUGUAAUCUAUAAAGAAGGGGAUUUUAUAUAGUCCACACACGUAUUUAUGAAAAAAGAAAAAAAAAACGAAACGUGUAACGAACAUAAUUACGUCGCAUAAUAUCUAUAUACGUUAAAAAAAAAAAAAAAAAAA